AUGACCUUCACCUUCACAGCCCUGCUCUGUCUUGGACUGACUCUGGGCCUCUGGAUCCCAGUACUGACAGGGUCCCUUCCUAAGCCUAUCCUCAGAGUACAUCCUGACUCUGUGGUCUCCAUGCAGAGUAAGGUGACCUUCUUGUGUGAGGGAAUCCGAGGAGCAAGAAGUUACUGUCUCUAUAUAAAAGCAAGCCAAUAUCCAUGGUGCACAAAAAUUUUACCAGAGCCUUACAACAAGGCUGAAUUCUUCAUCUCAGAAAUUGACCAACAUCAUGCAGGAAUUUACCACUGUUAUUAUCAGAUCCAUGGUAAAUUUUCAGAGGACAGUGAUGCUCUGGAACUGGUGGUGACAGGAGCACACAGUAAACCCAGCCUGUCAGCCCAACCCAGCACCGUGGUGACCUCAGGACAGAAGGUUACCCUCCAGUGUGUGUCAGGGCAGAAUUAUGACAGGUUCAUUCUAACUAAGGAAGGACCACAGAAGCUCUACUGGAUGCCAAAAUUAUGGUAUAACUAUAAUACUGAAAAUAUUGAGGCUUUCCUCUCUGUGCAACCAGUGACCUCUGACCAGAGGUGGACAUUCAGAUGCUACAGCUAUGGCAGUCAGAACCCACAAGUGUGGUCAGAACCUAGUGACCCCCUGGAACUCCUGGUCUCAGGGAGCCUCCCCAAACCCAUCAUCAAGGCUGAUUCAGGCUCUGUGAUCUCCUUCACUACUUCUGUGACCAUCUGGUGUCAGGGGACCAUGGAUGCAGAAGUGUAUUUUCUGCAUAAUGAGAGAAGCCAAAAAACCUGGAAGACACAGACACCACAGGAGCCUGGGAACAAGGGCAAGUUCUUCAUCCCUUCUGUGACAGAAGAGCAUGCAGGGCAAUAUCGCUGUUAUUGUUACAGCUCAAAUGGUUGGUCAGAGCCCAGUGACACCCUGGAGUUGGUGGUGACAGGAGUCUAUAAGUACUAUGAACUCAGGCUGUCAGUACUUCCUAUCCCUGUGGUGACAGUAGGAGGGAACAUGACACUCCAGUGUGCCUCCCAGAGUCACUAUGAUAAAUUCAUCCUCACCAAGGAAGAUCAGAAGUUCACCAGCUCACUGGACACACAGCAUAUUCCUUCUAGUGGACAGUACCAAGCCCUGUUUGUUAUGGGACCCAUGACACCAAACCUCACAGGGACGUUCAGAUGUUAUGGUUACUACAAGAAUACACCACAACUGUGGUCAGUACCCAGUGAGGCCCUGGAAAUUCACAUCUCAGGACUGUCCAAGAAGCCCUCUCUGCUCACUCACCAAGGCCAUAUCCUGGACCCUGGAAUGAGCCUCACCCUGCAGUGUUUCUCUGACAUCAACUAUGACAGAUUGGCUCUGUACAAGGUGGGGGAAUCUAACAUCAUACAGCACCGUAGUCAGAGGACUGACACUGGCCUCUCCUUGGCCAACUUCACACUGGGCCAUGUGAGCCCCUCCACUGGAGGCCAGUACAGAUGCUAUGGUGCACACAACCUCAGCUAUGAGUGGUCAGUGUCCAGUGAUGCCCUGGACAUCCUGAUCACAGGACAGUUCCUUGUCACUCCUUCCAUCUCAGUGAAGCCUAACUCAACAGUACACUCAGGAGAGAACGUGACACUGCUGUGUUGGUCAAUGUACAGGCUGGACACUUUCAUUCUGUCCAAGAAGGGAUCAGCCCAGCCACCCCUGAGACUAAAAUCAAAGUUCCAAGAUCGGCAGUUCCAGGCAGAAUUCUCCAUCAGUGCUGUGACCUCCCAUCUCUCUGGCACCUACAGGUGCUAUGGUUCUCAAGACUCAUCUCUCUACCUGUUGUCACAUGCCAGUGUCCCUGUGGAGCUCACAGUCUCAGGACGCAUCAGAACCUCUACCUUGCCGCCCACAACGUCCAUGAGAACAGAUGGUCUGCAAUGGUACCUGAAGGCUCUGAUAGGAGUGUCUGUGGCCUUCCUCUUACUCCUCUUCAUCCUCAUCUUCAUUUUUCUCCAACGAAGACAUCAGAGAAAAUUCAGGAAGGAUGGUGAGAAGGUUAUGUCCCAAAAAGAGAAAGAGCUGAAACUUCCUGCAGGAGCUACAGGACCAAUAACCGGGGACAGAGGCCACCAGAAGAGGUCCAUCCCAACUGCUGCCACCCAGGAAGAAAGCCUUUAUGCUUCAGUGGAGGACAUGCAAACUGGGGAUGGUGUGGAGCUGAACAGUUCGAGACCACCUGAGGAAGAUCCCCAGAGAGAGACAUAUGCCCAGGUGAAACCCUCCAGGCUCAGGAGGGCAGGAGCUGUUUCACCUUCUGUCAUGUCAAGGGAACAGCUGGACACAGAAUAUGAACAAGCAGAAGAGGGCCAAGAAGUGGACAGUCAGGUUGCAGAAUCCGAGGAGCCCCAGGAUGUGACCUAUGCCCAGCUGUGCAGCAGGACACUCCAACAGGGGACUGCUGCACCUCCUCUCUCUCAGGCAGGGGAAGCCCCAGAGGAGCCAACUGUAUAUGCUGCUCUGGCGACUGCUCGUGCGGGGGCUGUUCCCAAGGACGAGGAGCAAUGA